AUGUCGUCUUCUUCGGUAAUCACACCAGAAGACGUUCUCGAAUCUCUUAUGAACGACGGCACAAUCGAUGCCCUCCGAUUGAAAAUCAUCAAUCAGCUCAAAGCCAAUGAAGAGUUAAAGAGCACAACCAUUAAAAUGGCAGAAGAGAGUAAAGUUCUGAACACACCUGGCGCUGAGAAACAGACUAAAAGAGAACUCUUUGAUGCUCUUCGCCAAGAACUCGAAGGUCCAGUGCUAGAGAAGGCAUCGAAAUCAGUUUGGGAAUUGAUUCUUGAGAAGGAAGGUUUAGGCAAAGAGAUCAACGAAACAGUAGAGCGUGUCUUCUGUCGUUUAAGCGGGAGAGAACCGCCUUUGUUUCCUUCUCCAAACGCAGAAGAAAACACAAUGGUGAUAGAGAAAGAUACAGAGACAAAAGAGAACAAUGAUAGCUCGAAGACGAAACCAAAGAAAAGGAGUCUUAGUGAGGUGAAUCCUUCUGAGAGUAAUGAUGAAGUUGCAACAGCAACGACGAAGAAGAAGCAAGGAGAUUCCUCAGUUGUUAGUUUAGAAUCUGGGAAAACGCCUUGA